AUGAGCAGGUGGCGCUGUGGGUUGAGUCCUGUCUCUCCACAGCUGAUAGGAAGCACAUGUGUCUCAGUCGGUAUCAUGGUAGUGAAAAAGAAGACGCCUAAAGUUGAGGCAGUGGUUCUGAAUGAGGAACAGCUUUCACAUUUAAUAGCUUCCUUGUCUAUAGAUGGAGGAGAGGGUGAGGUUCAAAAUCUUGCCCAUACUCUGCAGUCCUGUCUGGAGCUGACAGACCCAGUGCAGCAAAUCCAGCUGGUCAGAAAGGCAGGUGCACAGUUGGAAGCACUGACUGAAGACCACACAGAUGGACUUCUUCUUGGAGCCUGUCUGCAUACACUGACAUUGGUUUACACAUCUCUGCAGCCCAAGAACCCCCUGAGACGGGCCAUUGCAAGUGCCUUAGGUUCAGCUCCUCUCUGGUUAGUGGAUCGAGCAGUCGCGUUGUUAUCGUCUUGCCUCUCUGAACGUUUGUCCAAAGUUGCCUCCGACCACUUCACUCUCAACGUAGACAUAAUUGCGGCAUGUCUCGAUGGCUUCCCGAUUGGUGAAAAGUGCAUCAACAAACUGCUUCCUGAAGUGUUGCAGUUUCUUCAUAUAGGCCUGAGCAGAGGCCUUGACCAAAACAGCGAUCUUGCAGGACGGCACAUAGCUCAGGCUCAGCUCAUGCACUCCUGUCUGGCUGCUGUGAAGACCUCCAUGUUGGUUCUGCAGAGGUCCCAGGACACGGUCAGUGCUUUGUUGGAGAGCGAUGAAGGAAAGAGCGGAUUUGAAGACACUUUGAGCAGUUCGUUGGACUGCUACGUACAUGUUCUCACCAAUGAAGAGUUUGUUCAGUCGGUCCAGAGCACAGCGGGGAUGGCAGUGGUCCUGUUGAUCAGGUCCGUCAUGGGACCUGGAGAUGAAGUCGCAUCAGUGGUGUGCAGUUUGCUGCGUGGUUCAUUGGAAGGUUUGGAUCUCACUCCUCAGUGGUUGAAACACAGAUGUGAGGGUUUAAUGACGAAGGGUCGGCCUCCUGGAGUCUCUCUGUAUCUGUGUCAUGGAGCUCUGGCUAUGUUGAGCUGGAAGAGCGCCCUCUCUGGUCCACAAUGGGAACAACUACUACUGUUGGUUCCACACACUCUGCUGGAGUUGGACGUCAGCGUGAAAGAGUCGAGCUCAGCGAUGGUGGUUGCGCGAGUCUUGACUUUGUGGAGCGGAGCUGCUCUGGAUUGUCUUCAGUCUGGGACACAGUCGUGUCCUGAAUCUCUGCUGAGUCUGAGAGGAAACUCAGCGCUGCAGCGCCGCCUACUGCAGCACAUCUACUCUCACUGGGAACAUCCGCUGGACGGAGUGAGGCACCAGACUCGCUCGCUCUUCAAAAAUUUGCUGGUUCUGCACAGUCUCACCGUUGCCUCGGAGCAAACAGACUCUAAACAGGACCCAAGGACUGAUCCCUACAUCAGUGCUCUUACCCAGAGUCUGCUGCAGCUGGAGUGGCACAUGAGAGGGAAGUAUGGUUCACUCAGCUGCCUGGUGGAGCUCCAUGGAGCAGGUUUCCUUCUGGAACUGCAGCCCCAGCUCCCCUCCUCUCUCCUGGGGCUCAUGGGGGACCAGACUCUGGCUCCUUAUGCCAGUGACUUACUGGAGAGGCUUUUCAUCAGCCACAAAGCUCAGCUCUGUGACCAGGCUGAAGACGGGACAGCAGAGGACUGGAUGCACCAAUGGCAUGUGACCUGGGUCACUCCUUUGCUCCAGGUGCUCUGCAGUGCCCAACUGGACCAGACCACCUACAUCCUGGACUAUUUCCUCCCCAGACUCCUGCGCUGCAGUCCCUCCAGUCUGUCACACAUGGUGCAGGCCUUACAGGACAUGCCGCCGAGCAGCUCAGGUCCAUCAGGGAGCAGAGGGGGUUUAGGGGCCCUCAUGACCUGUCUGAGAGCAGCCAGAGCUCAGGGCGUCGUCCCAUCUUCAGUGGAAGGUCUGUGGGGAGGACUGGUCCCUCUGUCCCUGCUGCAACAGGCCCUUGUGCACAAACAUGACCAAGUGAGAAUGGAUGCGUUGGGUCUGGUUUGUGAGAGUCACCGCAGCACAGAAACUCUGACCUCACAGGAAGUGGAGCUCAUUCACUACUUUCUGCCCCCAAACCUGAACAGCCAAUCCCCUGGAGUCAGGCAGCAGACUGUCAGCCUCUUCAAAAAGCUUCUCUGUCGCGUGAAAGACAGUGCUCAAUUCCUUCAGAAGAAAAUUGGACAAGAGAAAAAUCAGGCGCAGAAAGAGCAAGACCAGAAAACACUGCAUUCUUAUAAGGAGUUUCUGCGGUGGAUGUGUGGAAUGCUUUUAGACGUGUUGCUGCCCGGAGCUUCAUUCUCUAAAUGCAUUAUGUCUCUUCAUCUGCUCUGUCUGAUCGGACAAAUUUUCACGUUUGCCACAGAUCCUGAUAUCUUUGCACUGGGAGAUGCGGUGACCUCAGAACACGCUCAAAACGUCCUCUACUGCGUCGCGAGUAACUUUCUAGAAGUCAAACAACUCGCCUCAACGGUGCUGCGCCAACUUCCCCCAGCCACAGUCGGACUAAAGGUUGCGGAGCGGAUGGCCGAAGUCCUUCAGGCGGCUCUGGACCUCAGCACCAGCACUAAACCUUUCGACAGCGUCACAGCAGCUCACCUCCUGAACCUCCUGAUCCAUGAACCAGACCUGAUCCAGGCUCUGGGGCUCUGUGCUCAGAGACAGGCCUCCGACUUCCAGCCUCCUGUGUCCCCUGCUCCAGACGCCCCCCACGCACUACUGCUGGAGAUCAACACUUUGGCAGUGAUCCGGUUCUUACUACACAGUCUCCAGUCGGAGGUGAUCAGGGCGGAGUCUUCUCUUCUUCAGGCCGCGGCUUCGUUCCCUCUGUAUGGACGAGCUCACUGCAUCACAGCCGUGCUCCAGCAGCUGAACACUGAGGAUCUGACUGAGGCUGAGCAGUGGCGGACCCUGGUUUCGGAGCUGAUCUCAGUUUGCUACAGGACGUCCGGUGUAGUGGCUCCUGUCGUCCAGAGCUCCUCCCCUGAAGGCCUCAUCCCCAUGGACAGCGACUCCGAAGCGUCGGCCGGUUUGCAGAAAAUCCUUCAGGAGAUUCAGCCCCGAGACACAAACGACUUUUUCACCAGCGCCAGAGAAUUGCAGCCGGAGCAAAGUGAAGAGCAAACAAACAUGAAUAAUCCUUCACUGGACACAGUCACAGGAGCCGAGAGUUACCGUGUGACCGCUCAGAUGGUGCUGGUUUGCUGUUGGCGCAGUAUGAAGGAAGUGUCCAUGUUGUUGGGGCAGCUGUGCCAGAGUUUGCCCCUGGACUUCACCAACCAGAACGGAGAGAGGCAUCCCGGGCUGAUCACAGAGGAGCAGGUGGAGGGGGUGGGCCUGUACUUCCGUCAGCAGCUCCUCCAGUCGCGGCACCGUGGCGCCUUUGAACUGGCUUAUGUGGGUUUCGUGCGCCUCACCGACAUGUUGUGCAGAAGUGGAAGCCAGGCCCUGCAGAGGCUGCCGUCACGCUGGCUCUUCGAGGUCCUGGAGGAGGUCAAGUCCAGUGAUCCUUCAUCUAAACUGUGUGCCACCCGACGCAGCGCAGGGAUCCCCUUUUACAUACAGGCUCUACUCUCCUCGGAGCCCAAGUCUUCCAGCUGCAGCCUGCUGAAGAUGACCAUGCGGGAGCUGAUUGCUUUGGCCACGCCCUCAUCAGACCACGUCACAGAGAGAGCCAGUGUUCCCCAGGUGCACGCUCUGAACAUCCUCAGAGCUCUCUACAGAGACACUCGACUGGGGGAAAACAUCAUUCCGUUUGUGUCGGAGGGGAUGCAGGCCGCUGUGCUGGGCUUCACCUCCGCUGUUUGGGCUGUGAGGAACUCCUCCACUCUCCUCUUCAGCACUUUGAUCACGCGGAUAUUUGGCGUCAAGAAAGGCAAAGACGAGCACUCCAAAAAGAACAGGAUGACCGGCCGCGAGUUCUUCACCCGUUUCCCUGCUCUGUACCCGUUCCUCCUCUCACAGCUGGAGGAGGCAGCCGCUUCAGUGGAGAGUGACAGUGGGCAGGUGAAGCUCCAUCCCAGUCUGUUCCUGCUGCUGCUGGUGCUGAGUCGGCUCUACCCCUCCCCCAUGGACGGCUCCUCCUCUCCGCUGGGUCUGGCCCCCUUCACGCCGUUCAUCAUCAGGGGCGUCCUCAGUCACUCCAUGAAUGAGAAUUACCCACGCCACUUGAAAAACAUGAGCUCCAGGAACAGACUAUCGCAUCCAGGGGUCACCCACCUGCUCCUCGCUGCCUGA